AUGUCUCAGUACGCUCCCAGCUCGGACGUUAAGAGGGCUUUGGACAGCAGUCCUGAGGCCAACACUGACGAUGACAAGACCGAGGAGGACGUGCCCAAGCCCCAGAACUACCUGUGGCUUGCCAUCGUCGCGUGUUUUUGCCCCGCGUACCCCAUCAACAUCGUGGCUUUAGUCUUCUCCAUCAUGGCUCAGAACAGCUAUGAGGAUGGAGACAUUGAAGGAUCCAAGCGGCUUGGAAGGAAUGCCAAGUGGGUGGCCGUUGCCUCCAUCAUUAUUGGCCUUCUCGUCAUUGCUAUUUCUUGUACAGUUCACUUCACAUGGAAGUAG